AUGCCAUCUUUUGACUACGGGGCGAUUGCAUGUGUUUCGGAACUUUUGUUCAAUCGAACAUAUCUUGGACAAAACGACCAUCCACUCAAUAUGACUUUCUACGAGACCUUGCCUACCGUGCGUUCAUUUACUUUGUUUUCCACAAGUUCAGAAAUCUUCUCAAUCAUAGUUAAUUCAAAUCAAGCACUACUCGAAGCCGAUUUGGAUAACUGUAACAAGUAG